GCUGGCUGGGUACGAUCAAAAUAUGAUGAUCACACCUUAGGCAAGUGCAAUCUUCCCGCAUACCUAUCUGGCAAUCACCGCGAGGACUUUCGACCUCGUCAGGUCCCACAUGCUUAUGUUGUUCCUGCAUGUGCAAACUUCUACUACCGCUUUAAUUUUAUGUUAGCAUUGAGGUAGCUAUUGAUUCGAUUUUCACUAUCUUAUUCUUUGCUAGUGUCAUUCUAUUGUUGGCCAUCCCGUCAUUAUCGCGUUAUGCUAGUUGGUAUUUAGACCAAUUCUUAUCCGAAUUGCCUACCUAAGCCAUUCGCCAUUCGCAAACAUGUCGUUUGAUGGGUCAUAUUCCGCAACAUUGAGCCCGGCAGUGUCCGAGACCUUCGGAUCCCACGUCCUGUCGAACUCGAUCACCUCCUUGACAUCUUCAACGGCAUCUCGGCCGUCGUCGAGUAGUAUCUCCAAAACAUACCGACAAGCCUCGCAAUUAUUCCUAACGCGUCGGCUUCCCGAAGCCUUGUCGACGGUAUUACCAUUAAUUACCCCAUCUACCGAACAUUCCAACGUAAAUGGAUUAACCGAACCAGCACUCGUGGCUCGAGCUUCGAAAUCGACAAGGAUAAAGGUAUGGAGUCUUUAUCUAACGAUUCUUAAUGCGAUAUUGGAGUUGGAUGCCGACGAAGGAAAAGAUGCAUUUGGCAGUCAAGAAUGGCGCACCAUAUGCAAGAAGGUGCGAGACGGCGACGUAUGGGAAGAAGUGGUGCAGUUCGGGUAUCAUGGCGUCGAAGGGGAGGUAGAUUCCGACGUGGUCAUAAACCUGGCGACUCUGCUUCUUGCACAUGCGAAAACACAGACAAUCAACCAGAAACGGCUGGAGAAUUACUUAGCCGCCUCAAGCACUCCAAACCUUGACAUAUCUAAACAGCUCGAGGCGACCAGAUCUCCGCGCUUGACUUCGCGAAGUCGAAGGUCCCAUUCUAAGAGUGGUGCUGAUACUCCCCGGGAUCUCAAUGCCAGAGUGAAGAUACUCGAACUGUACACACUCCACGUCUUAUUACGUAAUAAUGAAUGGGACUACGCCAGAGAGUUUAUUAGCUCAAGCGCAGUACUAGAUGAAGAGCGGAGGGAAGCUUUUUUGCAAGCCCUUCAAAGUCUACAGGAAGAGCAGCAAGAAGCGGAACGGAAGGAACGGGAAGAGAAGCAGAGGCAAGAGGAAAAACUGCAAAAAGAUAUCGAAGAGGCUAGGAGAUUGAGAGCGGAGAAUGAAGCAAGGGAACGACGUCGAUUAAACGAAGAAAGGGUUAAACGAGAAGGCGCCGAGGUCGACUACGGCAUCGAAAACACCCCGAGCACUCCGAAAGCGAGAAAUAAGGCUCGAACCGAUUCUAAUGGUUCUGCGUUAUCAAGGCCAUCUAAGCCAUCAACUCCCAAGGAGAAGAAAGUUGCAGCACGGCCAAGUCUUACUGCACGAGCUGUGAUGAUCAUAUCAAACCUUCGCAACAUCAUCGAACAGAUGAGCGCUACGUUCAAAGCCAACCCUGUGAUGCUGGUGAGGCUGUUGGCUUUCGUUGUCGGCAUAAUUGUUAUGUUUGGAAAGAAAAGUGUUCGAGAACGUGUUCGCCAGGUUCUCGGUACGGGUUGGAAUAAGGUUAAAUCAACGGCUGGUAUGGGGGUUAAGGUGAGCUACAUCUAGUAGAUGGGUUUUAAUAUGGCUUUCUGUAGAUCAUCCUCUUUCAGCGGGUAAUAAUCACUUUGGAAUAAAAGGAUAAUUAGUAUCCUGAACGAAGCAUAUGGCUUACGUUUGCGCGGGAAGGUUUUUUUUUAACGAGAAUAAUUGCUUUGUAUUGGUCAUAAAUUAGGUAACUCAAUGUCA